AUGAGGAACAAUACAGUAACAACAUUCGUUCUACUGGGACUGACAGAUGACCAACAACUGCGGGUUCUAAUUUUUAUCUUUUUCUUGCUCACCUACAUGCUGAGUGUAACUGGAAACCUGACUAUCAUCACUCUCAUCUUAGUGGAUUCGCACCUUAAAACAGCCAUGUACUAUUUCCUACAAAAUUUCGCUUUCUUGGAGAUCUCCUUCACAUCCGCUUGCAUUCCCAGAUUCUUGUAUAACAUAGCAACAGGUGACAAGAUGAUUACCUACAAUGCCUGUGCCAGUCAAGUAUUUUUUACGGACCUUUUUGGUGUAACUGAAUUUUUUCUCCUGGCUGCCAUGUCCUAUGACCGCUAUGUGGCCAUCUGCAAGCCACUGCAUUAUGUAACCAUCAUGAGUAGCACUGUCUGCAGAAGUCUUGUUUUUUGCUGUUGGGUUGCUGGUCUGUUUAUUAUAAUCCCCCCACUUAGCCUAGGUCUAAAUCUGGAAUUUUGUGAUUCUAAUGCUAUUGAUCAUUUUAUCUGUGAUGCAUCUCCUCUCCUGAAGAUCUCUUGUUCAAAUACUUGGUUCAUGGAACAGACUGUUAUCAUCUGUGCUGUGCUGACCCUCAUUAUGACACUUACGUGUGUAGCUCUGUCUUACAUUUACAUCAUCAAGACAAUUUUAGCAUUCCCUUCUGCACAGCAAAAGAAAAAAGCCUUUUCUACUUGUUCUUCCCAUAUGAUCGUGGUUUCCAUCACCUAUGGCAGUUGCAUCUUCAUCUAUAUCAAACCUUCAGCAAAGGAAGAGGUGGCCAUUAACAAGGGUGUGACAGUCCUCACCACUUCCAUCGCCCCCAUGCUGAACCCUUUCAUUUACACACUGAGGAACAAGCAAGUCAGACAAGCCUUCAGUGAGUCAAUCAAAAGAAUCAUAAUGUUCUCCAAGAAAUAA